UAUUUUUCCCCCUUUCUUUUUCGGAGGAAUUUUGGCCAUUGGCGAGCUGCUAAACUGAGCUAAAAUAAGCUAAGCUAACCGACCGGAGGAGCUUCCGGACCGGUACGCUCCGCUCGACGUCCGGAGACGAGCAGUAUGGCUUGGAUGCGGUCUUGCCAGGUCCCCGGUGUUCCUCGUGCGCCCCCCGCUAGCGCAUCGUCGUGUAGAACGAAGCCGAAGGAGCAGCGACCGCCGAGCGGCCAAAGCGCCGCCGCCAACCUCGGCCGCGUUGCCGUCCGACUUCCCCGAGUGCCCGCCAAUCCUCACUGCUGCUGGGCUGCUCACCAGCCCGAGUAAGCGGAAUGUCUCCAGGAUGGACACUCUCCCAUUGCGGAAACUUUUAGUAGCAAGUGAAGUCAAACGUGGACUCAAGAGCUGUCCGUGUGACGUCACAGCUGUCACAUUACCAACUUCUGGAAACUGACCACUUUUUAGUGUUGUGUUUGUGUGUGUAUGACAAUUCUACUAAAGCAUUUGGUCACUUUUUCCUUGGAGGGCAAAACAUGUUCAAAAAUGUCAGUAGCGAGGGUGGACUCCCAGGCGGGCGAAGCCUGGCCACCUCUGCCGGCCUGCGCACAUCCUCCACCGGCCUCGCUGCUCAGGAAAGCUCGUGGCUCAGCUUGCUCUCGGUGUUGUCCAGGCCCGCAUUGUCCUUCGUCUCCAAAUAUCUUCCGGGCCUCGGCGGCGGAGGCGGCGCCACCUCCGGCUCGAAGUGGCAGCCCAGCGGGGCACGUGUAGAUGUGGCCCAAGACCAGGAAGAACUUUGCGCGUCCACUUGGUCUUGGCUCAGCGAUAGCGAGCAGUCCCUGCGCCAAUUAGGAAUUGAGCCUGGCCAGAACUCCGAGGCGUCUUCCUCUGGUACCUUCUUCGCUUGGGACGCACAGAGCUCCUGUAAGGACUGGAUGAGGGGCCGGUGGGGAGGCUUAUGGGGAGGAGACCCACUGUCCUUUGAUUUGUCCCAUACUGACCUGCGAUCAGUCCAUGAGGGCUUUUGUGCCCCGCAAAGCUCAAAGUUGACAAAAGAGCAGUGUCGUAUUUUGGUCUCUGGCAACCUGUGUUCCGAAAGCGCUGGAGCGACAGUCCACAAAGAGGAAGCGUUGGUCAAUGCAGGCCCGGAUGGCGUCCAGAACUGCGGUGAGGUGGCGACCGACCAGGACAAUGGCUACUACAGCCUGGAGGAGGAACACGGCCUCAAGUGUCACACGUGCCGCUCUGCUGGUGCGCUCUGCAAAGCGCACGUCAAGCAGACGGACGCGGCGGGUCACACCAUACUGGACAGACUCCCUGAUCGGAUGGCCGACAAGAUUGAGGUGGGUCGGGUGUCUGAGGAAUGCCCACCUGAUGAGAUGAUGGCUGAGUGUCACACAACUGCCGAUGAGAUAGGAUUGGGUCACACCUGCCAGUCAGCCGCAGCGCCCUGCGACGUGCACGUAAAGCCCACGAAUUGGACGGACUCGCAAGGUGACGUGACUGAGGACAACCCGCCCGAUGAUGCGACGGUCGAUAAGAUGGAGGCGAGUCAUGUGACUCGGAUGGCGGUGCCGCAGUGCCGUAACGUCGGCAUCGCCUUCAUCAUGGGCUGCCCAUGCAGCGAUGAUGACAGCCAUUCGGACACGGACUCUGCCCACGAUGACGGCUUCGAUAGCUCAGGCUCGUCUGACCUCUCGUCCGACUGGUCUUCGUCCGAUGAAGAUGAGGAAGGUGGUGGUGACGAGGAGACUGCGCGUUUGCUGGCGUCAUUGUGUCGCCAUGAUGACCCGUACAACCCCCAACACUUCAGUGCCCGGCUCCACACGGGCUGCGCCGCUCCCCGCCCCGUUCCUGUUGCUACUACUGCCAACGUGUCGCCCUCCUUGCUCCCCUUGGGUCAGGAUGCGUGGGACGAUUCCGGCGGCGAAGCAGACGAUCCAGAAAGCCUCCUCCUGCUGGCAUCGUUGACCCCUUCUGACCCGUACAGUUUGCUCAACUUCCAGGCUCCGCUCAGCACCGGGAAAGCGCAGUCUACGCCCCCGAGGGCCACGGAGCUGCCUGCCGCUGACAGGAUGGACGGCGGCUUCACACGACCUUUCACCUCAGCCAAAAAGGUUCGUUUCAGUGACGUCGUGGAGGAGUUCUUCAUCGCGUCGGGCACUGACGCGGCCGAAAAGGAAGACCGUCGGGGACCAUGGGAGGAGGUGGCGCGCGACCGAGGCCGUUUCCUGCGGCGCUGCCAGGAGGCGGAGCUUACCCUGGCUUAUUGCCUGCAGCCCGAGCAUCGGCGCCGGGCAUACUGCCGCAUCAACGGGCACGAAGCUGACUAGGCUCCAAGCGUGAGCUGCUGCGGCAACAGCCUCACCCCUGCGGCGGCCAUGUCUGACUGACGAGCUCUAACCUGUGAUGCCAAACGAAACUAGUGUUUUUUUUUAAACCCCCCCCCCCCAUGAACUGUGUUUGAUUGGAAGCCAAAGAGUGCUCAUGUGACAACUGGUCACAUGCCAAGAGUAUUGAGACACUUUUGACAUACAGUACAUGCAACAUCCAUGGAGCAAGCAUUUUCCAUGUCAUUUGAGGCACACACACACACAAAGUAUCAGACUUUAUCUUUUAUUGUGAAGCGCCACCUGUGUAUUAAUACUGGAAGUCUAAUUUCAAUGAAUGGAAAUUGAGUUGAUCAGCCAAGCAGCGUUGAGAUGUUUUGAUUGGUUCUUUAGACAAGAAGUCAAGAAAGACUCAAAUGUGGGGAGUAUUUUCAACACAAAUGCUUCUGUUGUAUUUUUGUAAGGCGUGGUCACUGGGUGGGGUGACUUCCUGCUGCUGUUUGCUCACCUGAUCAAUAAACAGGUGAACUGCUUGA